AAUCGAUGGCAUAAUUGGUAUAUAUGUGUCAGAUAAAGACGGGGUAAUUAUGGCCGGAGCUCAAACUGAGAAUAUGCCCGAACAAGCACUACACACAUAUGUUGUUUCUUCAUUCAUCAGUGCCAUCCAGCAAUCCGUCAAAAUGGGUAUGGGCGAAAUGAAACGUAUGAUUACUCGUUAUCAAGAUAUGCAGAUUGUCCAGUUCAACUACACCGGUGACCAGAAAUUCACACCCAUUUAUCUUACAGUCGUUGGCCAACGAGCAUGUGAUGUCGAUUGUCUAGGAUUUCCAAUGGCUACUGUAGAUGGUUCCGAUAGCUAG